UCACUAUACGCUUACGUUAGCACAAUUUUUUUAUUAAAGUUGUUAACUACAUAUAUCAAGGACACCCGUAGUCUAGUGAUACUUGUAGUCAAAUGGCGUCAGUUUUUUGUUUUACAAAUGUCAUAAUUCGAAAUGUCUGUAGAUACAAGAAUAAGAAUUUUUUUAUUUGUCAAACGGUAAAUAAUCAACUUAGGAGUUAUCACAGGUUCAGUACAAAAUGCGAACCAGAAUAUGAUUUGGUUGUUGUUGGUGGCGGGUCUGGAGGCUUAGCAGCAGCAAAAGAGGCUAGUAAUCUGGGAGCAAAAGUAGCUGUUUUGGAUUAUGUGACGCCUAGUCCCCAAGGUACAAAAUGGGGUUUAGGUGGAACUUGUGUAAAUGUUGGCUGCAUACCCAAAAAGUUGAUGCAUCAAGCUGCUCUUUUAGGAGAAGCUAUCCAGGAUGCAAAAAGUUAUGGCUGGCAAUUCCCUCAGGCUGAAAAUAUAAGACACGAUUGGGAAGCAUUACGAGAUGCAGUACAGGCUCAUAUCAAAUCUGUAAAUUGGGUCACAAGAGUGGAACUCAGGGAUAAGAAAGUAGAAUAUAUUAAUGGUUUAGGAAAAUUCGUAGAUCCACACACAAUUCACACUGUAACUAAACAGGGUGAGAAGAACAUUACGUCUAAAUAUUUCUUGAUAGCAUGCGGAGGCAGGCCACGUUAUCCCAACAUUCCAGGAGCGAUAGAGUAUGGGAUUACGAGUGAUGAUAUCUUUAGUUUGGACCAUGCUCCAGGCAAAACACUGGUCGUCGGUGCUGGAUAUAUUAGCUUGGAAUGUGCAGGUUUCUUAAAUGGUUUAGGCUACGAUGCUACGGUCAUGGUUCGUUCUAUCGUACUAAGAGGUUUCGAUCAACAAAUGGCUAAUACUAUCGCUGCUGAAAUGCAAGAUAAAGGAGUGAAAUUCUUAUUCAAGUGCAUCCCAAAAUCUGUUGAGAAGCUGCCCGAUGGAAAAUUAAAAGUGACAUGGACCAACGAACAAAACGAAGCCUUUGAUGAUGUAUUUGAUACGGUCCUAUUUGCUAUCGGCAGACGUGCGCUAACUCAAGAAAUGGAUGUAGAAAAAGCUGGCGUGAAAGUCGCUGGAGAUGGCGAAAAAAUCGAUGCUGUAAAUGAACAGACCAAUGUACCUCAUAUUUAUGCAGUGGGAGAUGUAUUAUAUAAAAAACCAGAACUGACUCCAGUUGCGAUUCUUGCUGGUAGAUUAUUGGCACGCCGAUUGUUUGGUAAUAGUACUCUGAACAUGGACUAUGAUAAUGUAGCCACAACAGUAUUCAGUCCUUUAGAAUAUGGAGCUGUUGGUUUGAGUGAAGAAAAGGCGACUGAAAGAUACGGCCCUGACAGUAUUGAAGUGUACCACGCAUAUUAUAAACCCACGGAGUUUUUCAUUCCACAAAAGAACAUUUCCCAUUGCUAUCUCAAGGUAGUAGCUCUAAGAGAGGGUGAUCAGAAGGUUAUAGGAAUGCAUUUUAUUGGCCCACAAGCUGGGGAAGUAAUUCAGGGAUUUGCUGCUGCCAUCAAAUGCAACUUAACAGUUAACAUAUUAAUGAACACUGUGGGAAUUCAUCCAACAAUCGCUGAAGAAUUUACAAGAAUAAAUGUCACUAAACGAUCGGGCAAAGAUCCCAAUCCUGCCUCAUGCUGCAGUUAAGUAGUCAAGGACACAAUCACACGAAUUACUCUUUGUUACUUAAUACUAAUUUUUGUUUUUCCACAUAAUUUAUAAGUAUUUAAAAUAGGGGUCCUUUCACCUCAAAGAUAUUAUUCAUUGCUAAAAAAAUAAGAUGCCCAUAAAAUUUUCUAUGUAGCUUGUAGAUUUACAAAAAAUUUAGUUUAUGUCUGUUCUGUUAAAUUAUAAAGUUGUUGGCUAUUUAUCGUACGCACUGUCUUAAAUAUGUACCAGUGAGUUGAGGAGUCAAAAUACAUGAAGUAUAUUUUAGAUA